AUGGUCACUGCGACGGUAACUCACUUUCUUUUCCAGAGUAUUCUUGAUUACAAUGAAGCAGAUCUUGAACGAAUUUACGAGGAGUGGGAAGAGAAUGAUGAAGAUGUACUGGAGGAUGAUGAGAAACCAUAUCACAAAAGACCGCAGAGGCCGGUCGAUAUAGACGAAUUAAGGAAGAAGGUGACAUCUCCGGAAGAUUUCUUGCGACAGUCAAAAAAGGGACAAACGGUUAUGAUGUUUGUCACUGUUGGUGAUGUUGAUGAUAAACCUGCACCUAAGAAUUAUACUGAACAUUAUACUAGAUUGUGGAAUCGUAGUCUCAACAAUGCACAUAUUGAGGCUCAGGUUUUUGUGAUUGAAGACAAUCGAGCAAUAUUUACUUUCCAGGAUGGUUCAGAUGCUUGGGAAGCUAAGGACUUUUUACUUAAGCAAGAGGAAGUUAGUAAUAUAUUACUUGAAGGACAGUCGUAUAAUGGCAAAGCAAAAAGGAAUUCGCCUAAAACUGACCUGUAA